AUGUCAGUUCUCAAAAACCCCGGGUAUUUUGAACCAGGAGCUUGUCGACGCUUGCUCGGGGUGGCCCUUGUCGAUACAUGUCUCUCUGCUUAUUGUUUCGUCACUGCUUUCUGCGCUUUUGUGGUCACUCAAACUGGAUUUGCAGUGGAGCAUGCAUCCCUAGGAUCCUCUCAGGUUUUCUGUACUGAAGACUACCGAAAUUCACUGAUUGAGGAAGCCACUGAAGCUCGAAAGCAUAUCGACCCAUUCACAGAUCCUGUACGACGAAGCAUCAUCAUCGCUUUCCUUCUGUAUGGUUGUCAUAUCGGACUAGGAAACCAACGGCAUGCAUAUUACUUUCUCCGGGAAUCCACGACACUUUAUACAGCCAGCGCGCUUGAAAGUCAGGCAUCAUCUGCUCAGGUGGAUGACGAUGACCCUUCCUUGGCAGGCAAAUUGUUUUGGCUCCUGGUGGUGUCCGAGAGAGCUCAUGCGAUCCGUCGGCAUAGACCAAUCACCCUCCAGGUCACCCCUGCAAGCCCUCAAUUGGAAGAUGAUCCACUUCCAAAUGCAUCAGCUAUUGGAUUUCGGUGUCUGGUCAACCUCUACCUCCCAUUUGAUGAGGCCUUUUUAGCUCAGUGGAAUGGAACGAGUGCAACAUGCUCUAUCGAGUCGUUAGUUCGUCUCGAAGAGCGCAUCCGAAGUGCAGUCCCGGCGGACCUCGGUCUACCUGAUAUACUCAUGGCCGACUUGCGUGUGUCGCAGCAAUGGCUGCGUAUUAUGAUAUGGCAGUUAUCUACUACUGCAGGGUUUCUUUCAACAAAGCCUACUCAUGAAUGCAUGGAUUUUCGCUACCCCCUCCUAAUUGCUCAAGAUCUCUGCUUCGCAACAUGGAAAUUAUCCAAGCAGGGUAUGGAAACCCAUGGAAUCGGUCUUAUCGAAAAAAUAUUUGAGGUGGCGUGUACCUUGAUCGAUGUUAUGACAUGCCUCUCGGCGGCUGGGCUCCGCUCUUCGGGCUUCAAGCUUGGUCCGCAAGAUUAUCUCAAGCAUUUCUUCUCUCUCAUUCACGAUCUUCCUGGGGGACGCCGAAGAUUUCUUCCACUGCUACUUACCAAAAUAGGGCAAACUCUGCCUUCCAUGGUAGAUCCUAUCACCAUUCAUCUUAACCUCCAACCCGGCCCCCUUGUUCCGAGCUCUACCAGCGAGGAAUCAUCAGUAUGCGCCAUUUCCGAAAACGAUAACUCAACUGAACAGCCUUCCACUGAAUUGAUUUCUGAUUCUAUGUCUGAGAAUUGGAUGAAUGGUAACUUCAACUAUGCGGAGAUGAGCCGCAUCGGUGCUAAAACGCCAGAGAUUGAUGAGGCGUUUCUCCAAUACUCCAGUUACUUUCCCUGA